UUGCGUAAGUAUCACAAAAACAGCAACAUCGUGCUCAAUCAUGCCUAAGGUACGCGUCGAGGAGGUUGCGAGGUUUAUGCGAGAGUGCUUCCAAGCUACUGGAGUGCCGGAGAAGGAGGCGAGGGAACACACAGAUUUGUUAUUGCAAGCCGACUUUACGGGACAUUACAGCCAUGGACUGAAUAGAGUUGAAUUCUACGUCAACGAUCUAUUAUCAGGAGCGACUAACCCAAAAGGCAAGCCGGUAGUUCUAAAAGAGAAUGCUUGCACGGCGUGGGUGGACGGUGGCAAUGCACUUGGGGCUACUGUUGGCAACUUCAGCAUGGAUCUGGCUAUCAAGAAAGCUAAGGAGUCUGGUGUAGGAUGGGUGGCUACUAAAGGAUCAACCCACUUCGGUAUGGCCGGUUGGUGGGCUCAAAGAGCAGAGAAGCACGGCUUGAUUGGUAUGGCUUUCACCAACACGUCUCCACUCUUAGUACCUACAAGGGCCAAAAAAGGCGCUCUCGGCACGAACCCAAUAGCGUUUGCAGCGGUGGCCAGCGGCGGAGACUCCAUGCUUGUUGACUUGUCCACAACAGCUGUUGCUUUGGGAAAGGUAGAGAUAAAGAUACACGAAGGAAAACCGUUGCCUGAUGGCUGGGCAAUGGAUAAGGACGGGAAACCGACUAACGAUCCUAAAGUUGGUUUUGAAUCAGGCCACCUCUACCCACUAGGUGGCGAGGAGAAGACGGGUGGCUACAAAGGAUACUGCCUCAGCGCCAUGAAUGAGGUGUUCUGCAGCUCGCUUUCAGGAGCCCUGGCAAGCCACCAACGCCCGUGGGGUGGCACCAACCCCGAGGACCCGCCCAACCUGGGGCAGAUGUUCGUGGCCAUUGACCCGGGGUGCUUCGCUCCCGGCUUCGGGGACCGUCUCGCGGAAUCACUGAGUCACUGGAGGGGUUUGCCACCGGCCGAUCCUUCACUGCCAGUACUGGCUCCCGGAGACAAGGAGCGUAAUCAUUUGGAACAAACGAAGAAAAGAGGGACGAUUGUCUAUGAACCCAAACAGAUCGAGACUUGUGCGGCUCUCGCAAAACGGCUAGGCGUGAAACCUAUACAGACUUUGUAAUUUAUUUACCUUACCGGAAAAUCAGGUAACCUUAGUCCACUACUUACAACUAUGAUCCAAAUUCAAGUUCCAGUAAAGUGUGUACCUAUAUAAUAUAGAAAGUAGAGAUGCACCGCGAAUAUCCGGUAUCCGGCCCAUCCGGCCAUUAAUUUACUAACCGGCCGGAUACCGUAUAGUGGCCUACUAUCCGGCCGGAUACCGGAUAGUAACAAUGCUUGAUUUCGGAGUAAACAAAUUGGAUUUAUGAAACAGACACAGUCAUAAUCAUACUUGUUUAUUAUUUUAAAGCAAUUUAAUCAUUCCACUGACUUGCACGCGCACUCAUAUCGAACCUAGAAAUGUGUCCGCGCGAACAUUUACUAGGAAACAGGUCAAACCUGCAGAAUGCGCAACCUGAAGAACCGAAAUGUAGUAUAGUUCCGCUGGCCGAAUAUUCGGCGGCCGGAUACCGGAUAUUCGGCCGAUGGUCAGGCCGAAUAUCCGGUAUCCGGUAUCCGGCCAAACAACUAUCCGUUGCAUCUCUAAUAGAAAGAGCAUUAGUGUACUAAGCUCCAAAAUAAAUGUACCUAACGAGUACAAAUCAUAAAGGCUCGUUAAGAAUCAACGUUAUAAACUGGGCCAUAGUUGUACUUAAGGACUAACCCCCUUAUUCAUAAACGGUUACUAAAGUUAGCAAGCCGAUAAUAAUCGUUUGUCCCUU